CAUCAUAUUUAGAAAGUAAAAACAUCAAUAAUUCAUUUGGAAGUGAAAUCGAAAAGUCUACAAAACAAUAAAAAGCAGGUGAUUUGCAUAUGUGAGACAUAUAGCUGUUUUUUCAUCAAAAAUAAUUUUAUGUUCAUAAGGUGUGGUAAAAAAGAAAGAAAAAGAAUUCACGCUGUAUUUAUCUAAUCAAACUUAUAUCUUGGACAGAUUUCAUAGCCAGGAUUUCAACUUUUAAUUGUGGGUUUCCAUAGAAAAUUUGUUUUUAAACUUGCAUAAUGGAAGAAAACAGUUUGUCAUCUGAAAAUCCUCAAGCUCCAGUCUCUUCAACAGAUAAUCAAAACCUAGAAUCAAAAAAUUCAGCUAAGCCUGCUGGUAAUAAAGUUGAAGCAAAAAAAUGUGGAAAACUACUGUCGAAACCAGCAAAAAAACCACUUAGUCCUUCAAAACCAUCUGUUUCUGUAACUAAAAAUGUAAAAAAGCCCUUAUCAAAAACAGAAGUAGAUACCAAAGUUAUUCCAAAAACUUUGUCAAAUGGACAAACAAAACAUGAAGAGAAACCAAAAUCUUCUCAUGUUGUUCAAAAAGAUGUGAUUACAAAUAAAGCUACUUCUGCUUCAUCAGCUAAAAAGGCAACAUCUGGAACAACUGUGAUAUCAACCAGUAAGGAUAGUACAGUUGCAGCUAAGGUAUCAAAAGCAUCUAAUGAAGUUAAGCAGAAUACUAUUUCAUCAAAGAAAUCAGCAACAACUACAGAUGGGGUACAUGCAGCAACAAAAUCAACUCCACAACCAUCAAGCCAUUCUCAAGAAAGUAAAGUAAACAAUAAAUUAAGCAGUUCUUCACAACCUAAAUCUACAAAAAGUAAACCAGCUGUUGAAACUUCAAAAGAUGCAAAGCCAGUUGCUUCAAAACAAAUUAAAUCUACUGUAACAGUUGUUGCUAAACCUCCACCAAAAUCAACAGAUAUUAAAGCAACUUCUGCUAAACCAAAACCUCCUCCAGGUAAAGUGGCAGAUAAACUCGGAUCAGCUAAAGUUUCAACAGCUUCUAAACCAUCUCCACCAGUAAAAGGUAUUAAAAAGGUGCCACCUAAAGAAAAAGCAUCAAAAGUAUUAAAAGAUGACUCUAACAAAUUAGAAUCUAAAGCAGAAAUAAUAAAUGUUGUAUCAGAUAAUUCCUCAGUAGAAGUUUCUGAAAAACAUAAUGAUUUUGUGCAGGUUGAUACUGUUAAAGAUUCAGACAAAUCAGACAAAGUUGUAGAUGAAUUGAAACCAAGUAUUUUAAAUGAAGUAAAUAACUUGGAUUCACCUGAAAAUGAACAUGUUGAAGAAAAUGUGCAUACAGAAAGUGUGCAGCAUAUAGAAGGUGUUGUGGAAAGUUUUAUUGAGAAUCGUAUACACAAUGAAAUACCUGCAGUCAUUCCAUUAGAUGAGACACCUGCUAUUGUUACAAGCUCUCUGACAAAUAUCUUAACAGAAGAAUGUGCUGCUGAAGUAAAGGAAUCGAGUGUUAGUCAUCCUCCAAGUGAAGAGCAUUUGGAUGAAGAAAAUGAAGAACAGAUUGAAAAUCGAAAGCAAAAAUUUUUGGAUGUGACAAAUCCAACAAGUUGUUAUGAUGAAGCUUCUUCAAAACCUAUAUUUAGCACUUCGCUCGAUGAACCAAUGGAUUCUGAAAAUAAGGAUCUUGAAGUUUUACAAUCUCAUAUUAUUUCUGAAUCUUCAGAAAUAAAUGAAAAUGAAAAUUGGAUCAAAAGAAUAAAAGAUGCUAAUGAUCAUGAUGAGCAAGGUGAGCCAAAUUUGAUGGGAAACACUAUACUAAACCCUGAGCUUGUUGAUACAGCAAAUUUGAUGGGAAACACUAUACUAAACCCUGAGCUUGUUGAUACAGCAAAUUUUCAAAAUAAAACAUUGGAAAUAAAUAAACAAGAACUACUUGAUUAUCUUGAUCAAAAUGAUGCAAAUUAUAAUGAUGCAACAAAUGAUGCAAACUACGUUUUAUCAGAUAAAAAUUGUGAAGAGACUAGUGAAGAGAUUUAUUUAAAUGUUGGCGAAAAUGAAAUGAAAAGUUGUAAUAAUAAGAACCUUUUCGAUGAUCAAUAUGGCAAAGAUGAAUGUUGUAAAGAUGAUAUUUGUGAAGAUAACGUUGAUGAUUAUGAAGGGCAUAAUGACAAUAAUAACAAUAACCUAUAUGAUAGUUAUGUAGAUAAUCAAGAUUGUAAUGCACAUAUUGUGAAACCUGAAAGUAUUCAUCAUGUAUGUAUAGAUCCUGUAGGUAUAGAUGCUGUUCAUGAAUCAUGUGAAGAUUCUGUUGAUCAUAAUAAUUUCAAUAAUGAAAAUGGGUCUGAUUUAUAUAAAAAUUCUGGUAAUGUUCAAGAAUCAUGUAAAGGUUCUGUUGAUCAUAAUAAUUUCAAUGAUGAAAGUGGAUCUGAUUUAUAUGAAAAUUCUGUUAUUGUUCAUGAAUCAUUUGAAGAUUCUGUUGAUCAUAAUAACUUCAAUAAUAAUGAAAAUGGAUCUGAUUUAUAUGAAAAUUCUGUUAAUGUUCAUGAAUCAUGUGAAGAUUAUGCAAACGAUUCUUGUGAAGGUUCUGUUUAUGUUCAAAGUUCAUUUGAAGAUUCUGUUCAGGUCUCAUGCGAAGAUUAUGUUCAUAACUCAUGUGAAGAUUCAUGUGUGCAUGAUAUUACUCAUAAUUCACGCAAAGAAAUUCAUAAUGAUUUAUGCAAAGAUAUAAUUGAUAAUGAUUUAUGCAAAGAUAUAAUUGAUAAUGAUUUAUGCAAAGAUAAUAAAAACUCCUGUGUUGGUUCUACUUAUGUGUAUGAUUCGUUUAAAGAUUCUGAUAUGGCUCAUGAAUUAUGUGAAGAUAUGCUAAAUAAUGAUAAAAGCUCCUUGGUAUUAAAUAACUUAGUAUCUUCAAAUGAUGAUUCUUAUGAAAAUGCAAGCUUAGUUGAGAAAACAGAAUUUAUUGAAGCAUCAGUUUUAAUUGAUAAAGAUAAUAAAGUUGAAAAUAAAAAUGAUAUUCAGUUGACUGAUGGUUCAGAUAAUCCAACUUUAGAAAAUAAUUUCAAAAAUACAUUUGACAAUGUUUGUAUAAGAGAGACUAGUCUCGAUCAUUUUCAUUUGGGUAGUGAUGAGCUUGAAAAAAGGGAUCAAAACCUUGUUAGUUGUUGUGACCAUAGAUAUGAGAUUGAACAAGCUGAUAUUACCAGUUUCAAUAAAUUUCACUACUCAGACACUCAAUACCUUGAUGAUAACUGUAAUAUUUUGGAGAAAAAUGUUACAAAUGAGAUUUUAUGUGACACAGAACUUUGUACCAAAGAACGUUCAGAAAUAAUAUUCACAAAAGAACCUUUAGAAAUUUACAAUAAUUUUUCAGUUGUGGAUACUAAACUUUGCGACGAAAACCAAUCAGAUUGCGCUAAUAAUGAAGAUUUCCAACCUAAUAUCACUAGUUCUGAUGAAUCAUUGGCUGAUGAAAAUAGCAAGUAUGCAUCCGUCUUUCAUUUUAAUGUCAAUGAAAAUCAAUUUGAUUUAUCAAAUCCUGAAAAUUGUUUGUCAAAUGAAAUUCACGAUAAGAUCUUUCUAGAAACAAAGAAUGAUGUUUUUCAUGAUUAUGAAAAACAGAGCUUUGAAGCAGAUGAGAAUCAAUUGAAGAAAGAUUUAUCUGAUGAAAGUGAGUAAAAAAAAAAAAAAAAGAUUAAACAUGUUCUAGAAAACGU